AUGGGAGGAGCAGGAGGACUGGGAGGUGGAGGAUACUCUGCUGCUGCUAAAUAUGGUCCAGGUGAGGCAGGGGCAGUUCCAAGUGGUGGUGCAGGUGGAGGAGGACUUCCUGGAAGAGUCCCCUUUUUACCAGGAUAUGGAACUUUGGGGGCUGGUGCUGUACCUCCUCAAUAUGGAGUCCCAGGAGCAGUCCCAGGAGCAGUCCCAGGAGCAGGCCUAGGAGGAGGCGCGGUUCCAGGGGGAGCAGGGCAGGUACUUCCUGGUGGCGGCUAUGGUGGUUAUGGAGCUGGUGCUGGAGUGAAACCCCCAAAGUAUGGAGUUUCAGGAGGAGCUGGAGCAGGACGAGGCACAGAAGGACUGGGGCGGGCAGGAGGAGUACAAGGAGGUGGACAAUACUUUGCUGCCGCAAAAGCUGCUAAAUACGGAGUUUCAGGAGGAGCUGGAGUAGGAUUUGGGACAGGAGGAUGGGGAGGGACAGGAGGAGCAGGAGUAGGUCCUGGUUUUGUUCCAGGACAAGGAGGUGGACAAUACUCUGCUGCCGCAAAAGCUGCUAAAUACGGUGUUACAGGAGGAGCAGGGUUAGGAACAGGAGGACUGGGAGUUACUGGAGGAGUUGCACCGGGAGGAGUUGGGGCUGAAGGAUAUCCCGGCGGUGUGAAGCCACCAAAAUAUGGAGGCGUCACUGGAGUAGGACUUGCAGUGCCAGGAGCUACUCCAGGUGCAGCUCUCAGUGGUGGCCCAGAUGGUUCUGCUGUCUUGGUGCCAGCGAAGGACGCGGGGCCUGCUGGAACUCCUAAACCAGAGCCCACCCCUAUUGUCGCAACUGGCAAGACCCCAGAGGUCCCACGGCCCAUUGCAGGUGGAAUUAUUCAGCCUAGUGCUGGCACAAGUGUUGGUGGAGCAGGUGUUGUAGCUCCCUCUGGUGUUGGUCCAUCAGGCCAAGGUCAGCAUGUUGCAACCGGAGUCCAACAACCUGGAGGUGUUGGUGUUGGCACUGGUGGCAAAGCACCAAAACCAUUCUUACCAGGAGCAGGUGUCGGUCCAGCCGGAGGUGGCUAUCCUUAUGGUGGAACCUAUGGAGGCGAGUUCCCUGUUUCUACAAACAUGCAUAGUUGUGGAUGA